CUGAUUUUAAUCCUUUUCCGCCAUUUUGUGGACAUUGGCGUCGGUGCUCGGAUAUUGUAAUAAUAUUGUAGGAAGAUAAAAGCUUCUAAUUUUAUUUUUAAGUUACUUUAAGUGUAUUUCGGACAAAUGUGGUAUAAUUGUUUGGAGGAUUAACAAAACAAACAUUGGCUUAUAGAAAAUGUCACGCUACGGUGACUGCAAGGUGUACGUUGGUGAUUUAGGUAAUAAUGCAAGUAAACCAGAACUAGAAGAUGCCUUUUCAUACUACGGUCCCUUAAGGAAUGUGUGGGUAGCGAGGAAUCCACCCGGCUUCGCAUUUGUAGAAUUUGAAGAUCCCCGUGACGCUGAGGAUGCGAUUCGUGGGUUAGAUGGACGAACGAUUUGUGGCCGGCGUGCUAGAGUGGAAAUGUCCAAUGGAAGUAGAGGGUACGGACGUGGGCCGCCGCCUAGGUCUCGUCUUCCACCGCGUCCUUAUGACGAUCGCUGCUACGAUUGUGGGGACCGUGGUCAUUAUGCACGGGAUUGUACACGUCGCCGGCGCCGCAGGUUAUCAUUGGCCUGUGCGCCGAGAACGAACUCUUCAGAGUCUGCACUUCUUAUUGUCUGCGCUACGUAGCUUACACUUCGCGGCGUGUACUCCGCUUAUUGACAACUGUAACUUCGCUCUGCGAACUACGUAGUGACGGCCUACGUGCACACUUCACUUUUUGAAAACUACAUUGAGCAUUAUGUUUGUUCAAUCGACGCGACACACGUCUAAUGUAAUCACUGCGUGCACUCAGUGAGUUACACAUUUAUAUCCCAUAUUUGUGUUCAGAGCAGGCCUGCUGUUAUAAUCAUUUAUUUUCAGUUAUUCAGUUAAGUAUAGUUAGGACAGUACAUUAAUGUACACAAUGGAGUGCACAUUGGGACACAUAGAGGUAACGUUUGGAGCAUAGAAGAUUUUAUAUGUUACAAAGUUAACACUAACAAUUAAAAUUCUCAUUGGGGUUGUCAUAAAAUAUCAGUCAGAAUUAUUAUCUUAGGACAAUAUUUUAUUUCAUGAGUACUAAAAUUGAUGGAGAGUUUAGCAAAAGAUUCUUUAUAGUAAACUUACGAAAUUAUCAAAUAAGCUAUAUUCAAUGUUUUUGUAUCUAUAAUAUUUAAAAAAAACUUUCCUAAACAUCCUAUACAUAUACAAUUAAAAUUUUUGUUUAUAGUGGACAGUUGUAAUAAGUAUACAUUCGUGGUGAGAGUGUAAUGUUAGUUGUU